AUGGCGAUACAAGAACUACCAUCCAGAAUUUUCGCCGCCGGCGACGAACCUACCGGCGAAAGGGUGAACUCCUACCAUAAAGCAAAGAGCAUCGGUAACAUCAUGGAUGCUCUCGAUGAAGGUGAGAGGAAUUACUUACGCAGUUCGCCGUUUGGGAAGCUCAUCGCGACGGCAGAGAAACCAUCGUUAUCCGGCAGUUUCGGGCAUUACAUUAUCACCAGACUGCUCAAAGUUAACAAGAAACACGAGAUUUGGAUUUUGUUUGCUGGUCGGCCUAUUAGGAUUUCGCUGCGCGAGUUUGCAAUCGUCACCGGUCUUCCCUGCGGCAGGUAUCCCAAAAGAUUGAAGAAGAAGAAACGAAAUCCGGUUAAGGAGAAACCAUAUUGGCCCGAUUUGUUUGGCAACCUCAAAGUUUGCAGUGUUGAUUUGGCAACCAAGAUGCUGAAAAAGAGAACCGUUGCCGACCGAACCACUCGGUUGAAGUAUGCAUGUCUCGCUAUAACCGGCGCAGUCUUUUGUCCUACGAACCACCGGUCCAAAAUCGUCUUUGACCAUGUCGAGUUAAUCAGAGAUCUGGAUGAAUUCUUUCUAUAUCCAUGGGGUAGACUUGGGUUUGAGAUGUUAAUCGCUAGCAUAAAAACAAAAGACGAGGUUGCACUUGCCCAAAGUACCGUUGCAGUUAAAGAUGGUGAAGAUGAAGAGGUCGACAUCGACGACACUGUUCAAUCGGGAGGAGGCGUUGAGGGCAAUUUGGUUCAGGAGCCAGUGAUGGACACAGACCGGAUUGCACCCAAAACUAAUCCCAGAUCGGAGGUUCACAAACUUGGACUCAGUCCUGGUCAUGCGAGAGAGAUAGAUGAAGAAUGCAAAGCUGAUGUUUUUAGUAUUAUUCCUGAUGAUCCCAAUGUCAGCACGGAGAACAUGGACCUUGAUUGGUCUGAUGACGAGGAAGACCCCAAAGUUGAUUAUGUGGUGCAACUUAUUGGCGAAGGUUUCCAAUUCAGGAAGGAAAUGUUCAAGGGGGGGAUGACACAAGCCGAACUUGUGAAGAUGUGA